UUCCCGAAUGUCACCCCCCCGUAAAAUCGGGCCAGGGCAUUUUUUGUCAUUUAUUAACCAACACGGUGCUUCGCAGGGUGGGAGGCUGGUGCCCUCAUGGGCGCCCUAGUCGAUUACUGGUAUUACACGGGGGAUGACACAUACAACGAUGUGACGCAGCAGGGCUUGCUCUUCCAGGUCGGCCCCGGGAACGAUUAUAUGCCGCCAAAUCAGAGCUUGACCGAGGGGAACGACGAUCAGGGGUUCUGGGGCAUGGCCGUCAUGACGGCGGCCGAGUACAACUUCCAAGACCCGCCGCCAGACCAGCCGCAGUGGCUGGCCCUCGCCCAGGCCGUCUUCAACACCCAGGCCGCCCGCUGGGACACGACCGAGUGCGGCGGCGGCCUGCGGUGGCAGAUCUUCACGUGGAACAACGGCUACGACUACAAGAACUCCAUCUCUCAGGCCUGCUUCUUCAACCUCGCUGCCCGCCUCGCCCGUUACACGGGGAACCAGUCGUACGCUGACUGGGCCGACAAGACGUGGGACUGGAUGGUCGACACGGGCCUGAUCGAUGUGAGCACCUACGACAUAGUUGAUGGUAUGCACGUCAACAACUGCUCCCAGUUCACGCCCUACCAGUGGUCCUACAACGUCGGCGGCUUCCUCAUUGGCGCCGCCGCCAUGUACAACUUCACCGAGGGCAGCGAGCGUGAGACGUGGCGGGACCGCGUCGACGGCCUUCUCAACGGUACAAACGUCUUCUUCAAGAACGGCGUCAUGACCGAGGUUGCCUGCGAGCCCGUCAACCUCUGCAACAUCGACCAGCAGAGCUUCAAGGCCUACCUGUCGCGCUGGAUGGCCGCCACCACCAAGUGGGCCCCUUGGACCUACGACCGCGUCAAGCCGCUGAUGGCGACGUCGGCCGUCGCCGCCGCCUCGCAGUGCCUGGGCGGCUCCAACGGCCGCAUGUGCGGGCUCAAAUGGACCGACAAUGGCAAGUACGACGGCUCGACCGGCGUGGGCCAGCAGAUGUCCGCCAUGGAGAUCGUCCUGGCCAACCUGGUCACCGACUCGUCCCCGCCCGUCACCAACAGUACCGGCGGCACGAGCCAGGGCGACCCCUCCGCCGGCGGCUCCGACGUCGGCCGCACAGACCCCUUAAGCACCUUCCCGCCCAUCACGACGGGCGACCGCGCCGGCGCCUGGAUCCUCACCCUCGUCGUGAUCGCCGCCCUCGUCGCCGGCUGCAUCUUUGUCCUCCUCGACGAGACGAGCCCCAAGACCGUCCGCCAGCGGUGGGCAGGGCUCCCGCCCAUGAUGACGACCACCGCCGCCGGCCUGCUGCGGAAACGGCCCGGGAGGAGGCCGCCGCCGCCAUCGUCGCCGUCGGGUCUGGCUGGUGCCGGCUUUGAGGACACCAAGGAGAUUGAGCGGUCGGACAGCGACGACCGCAGCUCUGGGUCGCAGGUGGGGUGGGCCAUGGCGACGCCCGAACCCGAGCCGCGCGCCGGCGCCCCCGUGGAGGAGCUGUCGUCGUACUACCAGCACCGCAGCGCGAGGGCGGCGGGGCCCGGGCCGAUCGAGCGGCCCGCCGCCCUCCGGCUGCCGCCGAUGGUGGCGAGGGACCACAGGGCGUCGUACCCGGGGACCAGGGCGAGGAAGCCGCUGCGGAAGAGGCUGGCGUCGGAUGUGAGGGUUGGCGUUACGGGCGUGAACGGCCGUGUUUAGAUGUAUCAGUAUUAAUCAUGUCUACUACACUGGGAAUGGGGGUUAGGGUUUCACGGAAUGGCAUGGGUUCUUGGGGGGAAAGAGGUGUCUUGAUAUUUCGGCGGCGUUCGUUGGGAAAGGGGUUUCAAAAGGCUGACCAUCUCUGGGCGGUGGGAUUAUCGGCAUCCUUUGGGGAACUCAUGAUUCAUUGGUUCAUACGGGUUCGGUUGGGUGGGCUUGUCCCUGGUUUUUCUACACAGC